AAUUGUGUUUGAAAGUAGUACUAUUAAGAUGGAAGAUAUUAUUAUAAUUAAGAAAGGGGCAUGGUCUCCUGAAGAAGACCAAAAAUUGAAAGAUUAUGUUAUGAGAUUUGGCAUUUGGAAUUGGAAUCUCAUGCCCAAAUUUGCAGGUCUUUCAAGAACAGGAAAGAGUUGUAGACUUCGAUGGAUGAAUUAUCUCCGCCCUGAUGUUAAGAGAGGACCUUUUAGCAUGGAAGAAAGAGAGAGAGUCAUCAAAAUGUAUCAGCAACUUGGAAAUAGAUGGGCAGCUAUCGCUGGAGAAUUGCCUGGAAGAACAGAUAACGAAGUUAAAAACUUCUUUCACACGCAUCUAAAGAAGAAUCUUGGACAGAUAAAUAAUAUUGAUGCCCCUGUACAGUGUAGGAGGGUAAAAAAACAGAAGAAAAAGGCUCAAGAAAAGCCCAAAUUAUUUGUGGAUAUAUCAUCACCAACGAUGGGUAGUUCUUCUUCAAUAUCGAGCAUUAUUACAUUCGAUCAAAAUGAAAAGAUUGACAUGGAAAAGACGGUUAUCUUGGAGAGCAAUCCAUCGUUAUCAUCGUCACAUAGUAAUAUCGAUGGCUUCGAUCAAUUUGUUGACACAACUUCGUUCUGGCUUCAUCUACUUAACCAUGCCAAUCGUGAAGAAUUAUAUUAUGAAAACUCCUAAUCCAAAGUAGAGAUGGAUAAUUUAAUUAAUGAGAUGAAAUUAUUUUACCUUA